ACAAUAAAUUAUGUCAACAAGUGACCUGAACCAGAGCUCCUCAAUCAUGAAAGGACUUGAUUAUACUACAGCGAGGAAGAUCACCAAAGAGAUUAAGGAUGGAAUUGAAGAAGUUCGCAAUAAAUUUAGAACUAAGAAAACCAGGCCAGGUUUUGAAUUUAAAAAUGCUCCAUCAAUGGCUUCUUCUAAUAAACCGCAAUAUAGUGAUAUUGCCUCUUCCUCUGAUCUUGAAAAAUCGCAAUAAACACUUUUCAAAAUAAAUGGAGAAUGCAGAGAGUUCUUCAAGAGAAUCAAGCAGUUAUCCCUAAAGAGAAGGACUCUUUAAAGGUUUUAUAUGAACAAAGAAAGGCAAAUAAUGCUAGUGUUAAUAGUAUGCGCGGAAGAAAUUUAUCUCCUUCUCAUCAGUUCCUCCUAGAGUCAAUAUCGUCUCUAGAUAAACUUCAAGAGUCGAGAGCUAUUUCUCCAACAUCUAAUCAGUUCAGAGGAGAGAACUCUAUUUCUCCUGAGUAUAUUCUCGAUUCUCAUAAGUAUACAAGUGAAGAUGAAGGUUCUCAAGAUAAUAAUAAAAAGGAAAAUUUGAAAAUUGUGCCCAAGCCUAAUUCGUCUCUAUCAAGAUUUCAAAAUACGAGGUUCCAUGGAAUACAGAAGAAAAAGCAUAGAUCUAGAAAAAGUAUAUGUAGUCAAAGAAGUGGGAUUCCAACCUAUUUCAAGGACGCAGCUGAGCUCUUAAAAUCUAGAAUUUUGAAACAGAUCAAAAAGCACUUUGUUCAUCUGCAAAAGUACUCCAAGGAGAAACGAAGGGAAGGAAAUGAUAAUCCAGUUGUAUCAGAAAGUAAUGAAGAAAUAAUUCGUCCUUGAAAUGAAAGUAUCAAACUAUAUGAAGAGUCCAAGCAUGGAACUAUCUUGGAGCUCCCAAGCAAAGCUAGAGAGAUUUCUCCUACUGAAUUCCUUACAAACAAUGAUGAUUAUGGACGUCUGAAAGAAAGCAAUGAGUCCAUAUUUAGUUUUGGCACUAGCAGAAACUCUGUCACAAAACAUGACCAGAAUCACGAAUUCAUCAAAUAUAGCAGAGAAGUGCAUAGCUCUAUAGAAGAAGAGAAAGCAUCUAAAGAACUUAAUCUUAAAGGGUUCAAAGAUUUUGAAAUACAUUUCAAUCCUUCUAAAAGAAAAGAAGAAGCUCCUUCUUCUGACCAACAAGAUGACCUACACUACAUAAGUGAUGGUAGACCUCAAAGCCUCCAAAGGAAUAACUGACCUAAAAUAAUAGAAGGAAUGCUAUUAAAAACACAACGGAUGUAUGAGUCUCACAAGUCCCCUCCUGAAAGCUGUAGGAACAAACUUGAAGAUGCUUCUGAAACAAAAAAGUUCUUGUCAAAUGAACUUAAGGACAGAAAAUCUCGAAAGAUUGAUUUUGAACAUAUUACAGAUGAUGAGAUAUUCAACAUUGCUCAUAAAGAUAGAGAGGAUUGCAACAAAAGCUCGCCUUUGAAGUCGACCUCAGAAUUUGCUAUUAAAACUAACGAGCUUAUGAAAGAUCUCUUUAAUUCGAAAGAAGAGAACAAGUCUCAAAUUACAAACUUCAAGGAACGGAUCCAGAUGAUCAAAAACCAACGACAGAACAAGGAAGAUAGGGUAAAGAUUAACAUGAACCAGGAGAAAAUUUUUGAAAAGGAGGAAAACUUUGACAAAAUAGUUACCUGAACCAGCCAAAAAUUAGUAAACAAGGAUACUGUUGGUAGAGAUAGAAUUGAAGAGGAAUUUGCCAAAGAUAAAAGCGAUGGGUUUGAAGAGCUUCCUUCGACAAUCUUAAAAGCUCCCUUCUCAAACUCAAUAGAAGCUAUUCAAGAAGUUGAUGAGUCAGUAUUUGCUUCUGAUGAAAAAUUCAAUAUUUCUCCAAAUUGGGGAAGACAUAAAUCUAAUAUCUCAACAGGAGAUGAUCAGAAAAUACCAUUUACAUUUGAAGAGCUUCCUUCACAUCGAAUUGGAUCGGGCUCUAAAUAUAGAAAAAUUAAUGAGUUUAGCCAGCAGACAGACUUUCAGAUAGUUCCUGAGGAGAGAAAAGACAGUAGCAAAAAUCAGAAUUCUAAUGUGCAAUCAAUUCAAACAGAAAAGACUGUUCAAAUUAAAACUCAAGGAUUCCAGACAGAGAAUAUGCUCGAAGUCGUAUCUCAAGGAAUUCAAAUUCAAUCAUGCCAAAUGGAUGAAGCCCGAACUCAAACAGAAAACAAAACACACGAGCAGCAUCUUCAGACAGAAUACGAAACUUUAGAAAAAGAUCUUCAAACUAUAAUUGAGAGCAGAGAGCAGCAUCUCCAGACAGAAAUCGAGACAUAUGAUCAGGAUCUCCAAACUGAAGACCGAAACCUAAUAGAGCAAGAUAUCCAAACUGAAGUGAAGCCCUUAGAAGAAGUAGAUAUCCAGACAGAUACAAUAAAUAAUACAGAAGUUGAUGUACAGACUGAGAUCAAAAGGUUCUGAGAUAAUCUUAUCCAAACAGAAAAUCCUAUUUCGGAACAAAUAAUCCAAACACAAUUUGAAAAUGAGCCUAAAGGAAUCCAAGUAUCUUCAGAGAUCACAGAACAGAUAAUCCAAACUCUCCCAGUCAAAGAACUUCUUGAGAAAGAAUGUGCAAGUCAGUCAACACAAUUCGAAGAAGAGAAAGUUUGUGUUGAAGAUAUGGCCAUCCAGACGAGAGAUAGACCUCAAACUAGGGAUAUUUGCCAGUAUGUGUGAAUACAAAAACCCACAUCUUCCGCGGUUACCCAAACUAUCCCUGAAGCUCCUAAAAGAACCCGAACUGGAGGAGUUCAAGUCUGAAUAGGCAACAGAAUGCAUCUGAGGCAACUCAAACUAGCUAAAAUUAUGAACAAGCUGACUUUGGAUACAGAAAGAGAAGAAAGUAGAAUAGACUUCUUGUAUUUCAGCUCUUUUACGGAAUGGAAAACACUUUAUCUUGAACACAAGUUGCCCGCUCCCAAAAUUAUUGACUAUCCUAAAUGAAUCCCAAAGCUUGAAUCUAAACUCUCAAAUAUUCAGAGAUCCCUUAUGUCAACAGUAUUCUCAAGAUUCAAAAAUAAUACUAUAAAAUGAAUGGUAUUUGACCAAGAGAAGUCUAUCUGAAAACAAGAGAAAUAUGCUGAAUUAGAAGAAGCUGUGAACCAACUCAUUAAACAAAAUGAGUCCCUUCAAAAUAAACUCCUUUACUACGAAGACUUGAUUGAAAAGAAAAAUUUUGACAUUAAAUCCAGGAAGCAAGAAAAUAAAGAAGCUCAUAAGAAAAUUCAGGAGCUAAAAGUCUGUGUUGAGGAGUUUAAGAAUUCACGUAAGAGCUUAGGCUCCCAAACUGGCAGAGGGGAUUCUACUAAUAGUUUCAAAUCUGAUAGAAAAAAUGACUCAAGUAAUCUGAGUAUCUCAAAUGGCACAAAGAAAAGUAAAUAUUUCAACUCUAAAAAAGGAACUAAACAAGUUAUAAAGAAGCUGAAGAUAGUGUCAGACUCUCAAACAAAGUCUCUUAAGAAGGUCAAAAAGACCAGCUCAGUGCAGAAUUUAAAAUCAAAUGCUGUCGAAAGAUCUCCAGAAGUACCCUCGAUCGGUUUCGAUUGCACGACUUCUUCCAUUGAGAAUGGUCCUCCUAACAUUCAAAGCUACAACAAGGGUAGUGGGAAGUUAAUAAAAGCGGAUUCUUUCCAGAAAUACAUGACCAAUAGCUCUAGACAAAAACAUAGUGAGCUUAUUGAUACUUUUGCCCCUGAAAAACAAGGUGAAGUCAGAAGUGAUAACACCAUUGAAAUUUGAGAGCAGAAGAUCGAAGCUGUCAGAAGAAUGAACAAGAUUAUCAAGAAUCACAUUCUCAUGAAUUAUAUGAUCAGAUGGAUAGAAAAUGGCUUCAUGCAUUUUCCUGAAGGAAGUGUUAGUCCUAUCCCAGAAAAGGAUGAGAUGCUAGAAUACUCAGCCAUUGAGAAGGAGGAUGAUAACUUCUUACAUCCUAUCACAGAAGAAUCUAUUUGUGAUAUAGAUAAAGAACUCUAUGGUCCAGAUCACACUCAAAAUCAAUUUGAAAAAUAUAGACAAGAUAAGCUAAAGAAAGUUCUUCAAAUAUGAUUAAACAUUGAUAAUGACCCAGAAAUUAUGAAACUAAGGGCUUUCAAAGAGUGGAAAAGACUAGGAAUAAAGAUUUCUCUUGAAAGGCUCCUGGAGUAUCGCCAGACCUUGGAUAGGCUUCAAACAAUGCCCCUCAGCGAUGAAGACUAUUAUUGUGAAGAAGAUUCAGAUCUUUCUAUGACAUAA